AUGAAUGAUCAAAAAGUUACUUCAAAUGAGUGCCUGUCAACCACAGAAGAGCAAGACUCCUGCUUUGCCCAACCUAAACCGCAUAAAAUGGGAAAAGAAUCCACGUUUUAUGGCAAUGUUAAAAGAGAAAGCCUUCCUGCACGUGAAAAGUUCAAGAUCUCUGCAACAUCUACAGCUAAUGGUGUUAAAUCCCUCCAUGAACAGCCCCUGAGCUCCACGAGAAAGGAUACAGCUGAUCAACCAGGACCAGUGGAAAAAGAAUUAGCAGAUCAACCAAAAUCCACACAAAAGCCCCAGCUUCUAGAGGAACCUGAGGUGUCUGGGUCACCUCAAGCAGGUGGCAAAAAUGACACCUCAGGAGUGGAAGAAAAAAAGAAAGAUGUGGAAUCAGUGGUGGUGGCUCAGACGUUGAAAGGAAUUGCUGAGACUGAACCAUUAGGAACAGAAGCUGAGGGUGAUCCUUUAAGGACGGUGGGAGAGAAGGUCUCUUCUAGAACAGUGGAAGGUCCUGAGAACCUACAACCUGCCAGUGAAAUGAAGCCUCUAGGAACACCUGAGAAAAUUCUACCUCUGGAAACAGCUUCAAAACUACAACCUCAAGAAAUAAUAGAGAAGGAUGACCAACCCCAGAUUCCAGAAACCGUUCUCAAAGACAGUGAAGCAUCAGAACUGUUGAAGCAUAAUCAGAUUGAGGAGACAGUUAAAGAGCAGCAACUUCAGGAACCAGAUGAAAAAAUUGAGCAGCCUCAAAUUCCAGAAACGAUUCCCACAGAGGAUAAGGCAUUAGAAAUAUUGGACAGUAGUCAGCUUGAAGAAACAGCUGUAGAGAAUGAUUUGCUCCAUAAAUCUCCUAAAGUUCCUGGAAGCAUGGAAGAAAUCCAGCCAGAAGUAACAGUUGGAAAUGUGGAGCACCCAGCAGGAAUUACAUCAGAGGCAGAAGCAAAUGUGGAAAUGAUCGGGGAAAUUCACACCGAUGAAGAUGACCAACACGUUGAAGGUGAGACCGGAGAAAAGGUUGAAACUGAGGUGGAGAAUGAGAAAGUAAAUGAAGAGGCUGAAACAAAAGAAGAAGAAACAGGAGAAGCUGUGGACCCUUCAGCAGCCACAUAG